AAAGGUCAUUUCGAUUUGACGACAUUUGUCAGAAACAAGUUACUUCUGAGUUACCUAGUUAUUAGUAUUUCACCAUAUACACAGAAGUCGUAUUUCUCAGCAAACCAGUAACAAAAUUCUUGAAAUUUCAACAGAAAGAACCCUUCAAUUCACAUACAGCGACAAGAAUAAUAACAAUAAUAUAGAAACAAUGGCCUCAAUGAAAGAGGACUGCAGCAGCAUCAAUUCCGCCGCCAGCCGGGAGAUGGACCGUGAGCGGGAACGGGAACGAGAACGGGAGCACGAGAACGAACUGCUCCUGUCGCCGUCCAAGUUCAAGACUCAGACUCAGACGAAGCCACAGGCGCCAGAGACAGGGGCGAGUACCAAGGCGGAGAAAUACGUCCGCGUUCGCGACAUGAUCAACCUGUACAAUUUCGCCAUGCAGAAGAACCAGGAGCUGGAACACGCCAAGUCUAUAUUAUUCGGUAGUGGUCAGGAGGCAGAUUGUGAUAUUUCCGGUGAUAUGCCUUCAUCGGCAGAGAAGGAAGACGCAGAUGAUGAAGGUCAGGAAAUCCCUACCAAAGUCCACGCCUCAAAGUCGCAUUCAGGUGAGAAGCUUACUGUAGAAAAGUCAUAUCGGAGUAAAACCACCCUUCGACGCACGGAUCAGGGUGUUCGCAUUAUCAUUGAUAUAUAUAUGAAUAAGGACGAUAGCGAGAUCGAUAUAGUUGGUAGCCGUGUGGAAACGGAUAUACCCGAAAGCCGCGUCCUAGCUGAAUUUCAGAAGCAAUCGCUAGAGAUGGAGAAGCUACAACUACUUAAAGGAGAGCAGGUACAGGUGCGCAAGACCCAGGAUCACGAUCAGGUGGACAAGCGCACCUAGGCAGCCCCAGGCUAGCCAGUGUUAGAAUAUAACAAAAUUUUAGGUUACAUCGUAUACGCGGAGUUAUGUUAGUUACUUUUUUUCUUUAAUUUUGUCCAAGACAACAUAAAUAAACCGUUUAUUUACUAUCUUAA